AUGGAGCGAUCGCAGAGCCGCAUCAGCCUGUCGGCGUCCUUCGAGGCCCUCGCCAUCUACUUCCCCUGUAUGAACUCCUUCGAUGAGGAUGAUGGGGUGGACACGGAGGGCAGGAAGUUGAAGGGAGGCAUCCAGAGAAGCACAGAGACAGGCCUGGCUGUAGAGAUGCCCAGUCGGACCGUCCGCCAGGCCAGCCACGAGUCCAUAGAGGACAGCAUGAACAGCUACGGCUCCGAGGGCAAUCUGAACUACAGUGGCAUGUGCCUGGCAUCUGAUGCCCAGUUCAGCGACUUCCUGGACGGGAUGGGACCCGCCCAGUUUGUCGGGCGGCAAACGUUGGCGACCACAUCCAUGGGUGAUGUAGAGAUCGGUCUGAUGGAGAGGAACGGAGGUCUGGAGGUGGAGGUCGUCCAGGCCAGAGGACUCACUAUGAAACCGGGUUCAAAGGGACCUCCAGCGGCCUACAUCAAAGUUUACCUCCUGGAGAACGGCAUCUGUGUGGCCAAGAAGAAGACCAAGUCAGUGAGGAAGAGUCUGGAUCCUCUCUACAACCAGGUCCUGGUCUUCUCUGAAAGCCCACAGGGGAAAGUGGUGCAGGUGAUUGUUUGGGGCAACUAUGGACGGAUGGACCGCAAAUGCUUCAUGGGUGUGGCUCGAAUCCUAUUGGAGGAGCUGGACCUCAGCACGAUGGUGAUUGGCUGGUACAAGCUCUUCCCUACCUCCUCCAUGGUGGACCCAACAAUGGCGCCACUCAUCCGCCACUCUUCCCAGAUGUCCCUGGAGAGCACCAUUGGGCCCUGUUGUGAGCGAUCUUAA